CCCGGCCGGGCACCAAGCUGGGGAAAGCGCCGCGGGGAGGAGGCGCCGCGAGAGCUCGGGAGGAGGAGGAGGAGGCCGAGGCGCUGAGGACAUGUAUACCUCUGAGAAAUCUUGGACAAGAUACUUUAGCUUAAAGCCCGUCUGGGACUAUAAGAACAGAGGCUACCAGUCAUGAGUACAGAUGCUGAGCGGGAUUCUGCUAUCAAACUUGCCCAGGAAAGAGCGGAAAUCGUUGCCAAGUAUGACCGAGGACGAGAAGGCACACAGAUUGAACCUUGGGAAGACGCCGACUACCUUCUUUACAAAGUUACUGACAGAUUCGGUUUUCUGCACCAAGAGGAGUUACCUGUCCAUGACUCAGCAUCAGACAGGCAAAAGCAUCUUGAAAUCGAAAGAACUGCAAAAUGGCUGAAGAUGUUGAAAAGCUGGGAGAAGUACAAGAAUACCGAAAAGUUUCAUAGGAGAAUUUAUAAAGGAAUCCCGCUGCAGCUGAGAGGCGAAACAUGGUCUUUGUUGCUUGAUGUCCCUAAAAUGAAAGAAGAAAUGAAGGACUAUUAUAAUACCUUAAAAACCCAAGCGAGAGUGAGCUCCCCAGACAUCAGACAAAUUGAUCUAGACGUAAAUCGGACGUAUCGGGAUCAUAUCAUGUUUAGAGAUAGAUACGGAGUGAAGCAACAAUCUUUAUUCCAUGUUUUAGCUGCAUAUUCUAUAUAUAACACAGAAGUUGGAUAUUGUCAAGGGAUGAGCCAGAUCACAGCUUUACUCCUUAUGUAUAUGAAUGAAGAAGAUGCCUUCUGGGCCCUGGUAAAACUGCUCUCGGGACCCAAGCAUGCUAUGCAUGGUUUUUUUGUUCCUGGUUUUCCAAAGCUGUUGAGGUUUCAAGAACAUCACGACAAAAUCAUGAAGAAAUGUUUGUCAAAGCUUAAGCAGCACUUUGAUUCCCAGGACGUUACCACAAGCUUUUACACAAUGAAGUGGUUUUUCCAGUGUUUCCUUGACCGUACUCCCUUUCGGUUAACCCUCAGGAUCUGGGAUGUCUACAUACUUGAAGGCGAACGGGUUCUCACUGCGAUGUCUUACACCAUUUUGAAAAUGCACAGAAAACACCUGAUGAAAUUGGAAAUGGAAGCACUGGUUGAAUUUCUUCAGGAGACUCUCGCCAAAGAUUUCUUCUUCGAAGAUGACUUCGUAAUAGAGCAGCUCCAGAGCUCCAUGGCAGAACUGAAGCGAGCAAAGCUGGACUUGCCAGUAGCAGGUAAAGAUGACGAAUUUCCAAAGAAGAAGAUGGGGAAAAUUCCACUUGAACCUCAGCCUGCUAUGCUUAAUCUUACUCAUCUGCUGAAUGGACAGAGCAAUGCCAGUGGGUCUAACAGUACCCAGGAGGCCCAGAGAACAGGGCAAAGGAUACCUACAGAGAAGGUCCAAGAAAGCUCACCAAAUCACCGAAGGAGGAGGAAUUCUCUGGAAAAGAAGCCUUCUUUGAGACAGCAGAAGCUUACACCAGCAGAUAAGCGGGGCGAUUUGCCAAAGAACGACACCGACACUCAGAAAAAGCUUGACAUUCGAGCAGAGGCCAACAACACCAAGCAAAAUCACAACGCAGCUGCUAACCAAAAUUCCAAUGCUACUUCAAAUGCAAGAAGGGAAUUUGUGCCCAGGUGGAAUAAACCUUCCGAUAUCAAAGUCAUGGAAAAGACUGCAAAGCUAACUGCGGAAAUUAAGGGUAGGUCUGCAAACCAUACCCAUUCAGAAACACCUCCUAGCCCUCGUGGCGAUGCGCAGCUCUUCAGUGUAAAGCAAAAGAUGAAGGCUUUGGAUGUUGAUGAGGGUAAGCGAGGGUCAAAUGCUUCACAGUACGACAACGUUCCCGGUGCUGAUCUAGAGAAUGAAAAUUCUGCAGAUGAGGUGCUCGAUAGGACCCUUCUGCAAAGUCCAAGAAAUGCAGCUUACUCCAGCAGUUCAAGGAAGCUGGCAGAGAAGACAUCUAGCCCACCAAAAACAUCCAACAACUAUGCCUUCAACUCACAGCCAAGGAUCCCCAGAUAUUCAUCUCAAUCUGAUGGGGCAGAUCUUGGACACAUCAAACCGCCGCCGCCGUCUUACAGUAACCCUCCUGUUUACCACGAGAAUUCUCCAAAGCACGUUCCCAACGUAGCUCCUACAAGCUUCAUAUCUGCCCAAUAUAAUCAUGGUAAUCGAACCACCUUCUCCAGUCAGUCAUAUGCCCCUAACCCUCCAGUAGAAAUUGUGACUGAUAAACCACUUGUAAAUUACUCUCUCAGUCACCAAAAUCUCACUGUGAGACCGUCUAAUCGAAUAGAGGUUCUCCCUUCUGACAACUAUGCAAGCAAUCCAAAGUCGCCUACAGGAGUCAGAUUUGUAAUUCCCCCAGUGGAUUAUUGGCAAGACACUAGAAAAUGGCCAGGUCCUUCUCAUAUGUACAGGCAGGAUGCUUAUGGACAAUCCCGGAGCCAAGACGGUAGCCGAAGUCAUUUGGGUAACUUGAAGAAACACACACCUUUCCAGUCCACGCCUGUAAAAGAUCAUAAUCUCCCCACCGUUUCUGUGGAUGGCCCUAUAAGAUACAGGACUUCCCCACCCUCAGAAGAACAUGGGUCACUGCAAUACCAAUUUCCAGGUCCCAAAAGCCCUGCCCACCUCUACCGACACCAGACCGAUGGAUUGUCAGUUCAUGAAUCAGUACUACUGUGAGAGGCUAUGCAAACUUACUGUGAAGGCCAGGAGGAAAAACAUGCGAAGUUCACAACUCUCUUGGGUUGGUAGUUAAGCAAGAUAAGCAAUUCUCCGCCCCGCCCCCCCGCCUCCCACAGGACAAUUCGUAUGAGACAUCUGCAAAGUAAUAACACUACUUCAUGACCAUGUUAAAUGCUGUUGAGAAGCUGAGUGAUAUGUUCCACAUUUAAGUACCUUACAUCUGGAAAAAAACUACCUUGUUGCCUAAAACCUGUAAAGCUCCCCCAUGCGCACACAUCUGUAAGCUGCUUUUUGACUGACACUACAACCCACUGCGUUUGCUUACGGCGAGAGAAAUUACAGAGUGGAAUGUAGAGGCUUGUAUAUUUUUGGGACUGCAUUUACAAAGUAGUUCUAAUUUUAUUUGAUUUUUUAUUUUUGCUAACUUAAUUUAUAAAUCACCCGUUCGCUUAGGGCGGGCGGUAUUUCUUGACAUUCUUCUAUACGCUGCCUCAGUAACCCAGGAGGAGGAACUCCGGGUUUUCCAAUGCAGUCUUGAUAUGGGGGUGCCUAUGCUUGUUCCUCGGCUAAAAAGGCAAGGUGAACACCCGUAGCAAAGACACACUGAGAUGGCCAAUAAAUGGUGCUUAUGAAAUUAGGAUUGUCUGCAACUUGUACCAUGCGUCUAGGGUGUCAGAGGAGGUUGAGCCUGUCCUCCGUACCUGUGUAAUCCCCUAUGUAAUAGUUCAGUCCCAUGUAUGUGUUACAGGGAAUGAGAGGGGCAGAGAUGCUCCCCAAGUCUGUGAUCACAGUAUCGCUGUGCAGAUGUGCACAACAUAUGCGUGGUAAGCACUGGGACCGUGUCUACUCGC